AUGGCGCCAACUACCGUUCUUAUUACAGGUGCAAAUAGGGGCAUCGGAGCAGCUCUUGUGUCUCUCUACUUGGCCAGGCCUAGCACAAUUGUCAUUGCAACCGUUCGAGAGAUCAACGAAGCCAAUAAAUCUAAACUGCAUUCCCUUAACCAAGCCAAAGGAUCACGCUUGAUACUGGUUCCUUUUAAUCUAGAUCUCCCUUCCAGCGCCGCAGACGACAUCUUCCAUCUGCAAGAUAGAUACGGCGUCCCGUCUCUUGAUAUAGUCAUAGCCAACGCUGGCAUUUGCAAUACCUGGAGUCCAGUCGACAAGUUGUCCGAUAAUGAGGUACUCAUCCAUUUCCAAGUCAAUGCUCUUGGUCUUUUACGGCUGUUCAAAGCCGUUUUGCCACUUCUGCAAGCAGCCCAGCAGCCCAAGAUAGCAUAUAUGUCUACCAUGUUAGCCAGCAUACAAGAUAUUCCACAUGACCCGUCUCUUACCGCCGCGUAUGGAAUGUCGAAAGUUGCCGGGAAUUAUUUGAUUGAGAAGAUAAAUGCAGAAUUUGACGAUAUAACUGCGUUUCCAAUCAGCCCGGGAUUCGUGAAAACAGAUAUGGGAAAUCGCGGAGCAAAGUUAGUUGGGCUCGAACAAGCUACGAUGUCAGUGAACGAAAGCGCUUCACAGAUCAUUGACCAAAUCGAAAAGGCUUCCAAGACAAAUACCAACGGCAGAUUCAUUAAUUACAACGGCGAGACGUUACCAUGGUAA